AAAAUUUAUCGUCCUCAAAACUUCGCUAAAUUUCUACACUGUUCCAAUGGCUCCAAAGGCAGAAAAGAAGCCCGCCGAGGAGAAUCCGGCAUCGGAAAAACCUUCCGACGAUAAAGUUCCGGCGGAGAAGAAGCCAAAAGCCGGAAAGAAGCUUCCGACGAAGGAUGUCGGUGCCGGUAUCGGAGAAAAGAAAAAGAAGAAGGUGAAGAAGAGUUCUGAGACGUACAAGAUCUAUAUAUUCAAAGUGCUGAAACAAGUGCAUCCUGAUAUCGGAAUUUCAAGCAAAGCGAUGGGGAUAAUGAACAGUUUUAUUAACGAUAUAUUUGAGAAAUUGGCUCAGGAAUCAUCUAAACUUGCGAGGUACAAUAAGAAACCUACCAUUACGUCUAGGGAAAUUCAAACUGCUGUUAGAUUGGUGUUGCCUGGUGAAUUGGCUAAGCAUGCUGUUUCUGAAGGGACUAAAGCUGUUACCAAGUUUACCAGCUCUUAAAUUUGUUAUUUUUUGAGAAUUGAUCAUUAGGGUUUGAUUGCCAUUCAAUUGUUCAGAGUUGAUAAAAAAAUUUGAUUUCUUAUAUUCUGUUUUUGAUGGGAUGAUGUAAAAUACAAUGCUGUUCCUAAUCAAUGAAAUCUAGUUUUCUCA